CGCGCUCCACAAACCUUCCCAUGUUGCCAUCUAGUGCACAGACCCACUGCGCAUUCGAUAUAGAACGGUCGCCUCGCGCGGAGUCUUGUGGAGCUCGCAUAUAGCUAGCAGAACUUACAUCAGAAAGUGGAACAAGCAAAGUUGCAAAUGGCUGUAUAGGUAGCCUACUUGAACAUUUCACAUUUUUCUUCAAGAUCUGCAAAGUUGCAACUGAUCAGAGCUCCUCAGCUCCAGGCAUGGGUGUGAAGGUACUCCAGUGUUUCUCCUGGUACAGACGCUGUAAGGAACGAUGCAAGGCUAAACAGUGCCCCCCACCUGCAGUCCCCAGAGAGGAGAUGAAGCCUCGCCUGUCGUCUACGGUGUCGUGUGGUAGCCAGGGCGAGGGCGGUAGCAGCCUGAGUGGAUCCCAGAUCUACUUCUCCAGCAAGGCUCGCCUCUCCUUCAGACACCAGAUGGACAGCAACUUCAACGCAGUGGAUGCCACCUGCUGAGUAAGAGCAGCCUCGACAGCCUAUCAAAUGGAAGAAUAUAGACUGAAUCAGGGAGGGACUACCUGGGCUUGUCCAAUCAUCAUCAUCAUCAUGAUCACCGCCCCGAAAAUGAACUCUCACCUCUCCACUAUGGCAGCCAUUAUUUUAGCUCAACAGAACAGAGAAUGCGGCAGAAGUUGAAGAUAAAGGACUGAGACUUCAUCAGUGGUGUAUAAAUACAUCGUUCUCAACUCCCCCUUCAGAGGUGACUGUGAAAGGUUGAAUAUAUCACAGUAGAUUGAGUUCUUCGCUACAGAGAAAGACUGAAUGCUAAUGUAGCUAGUGGAGGUGGAGAAAUGUUUACAACAUUAUUACUAAGUGCAUUAUUUUCCUUUUAUUUUUUGAUGGGCUUUUUCUUCCCACCCUUUUUUUCUAUUUUCCUUUUUUUCAGUGUGUGUGUUGGGGUGUAAGUUACCACAAACUGCAGAACAAUAGUGUCUUUAAAAUACUAGCUUUGUAUUUAUUAGGGACCCCACUCUUCCUGGGGUCCAAACACAUGAAGGCACUUACCUCACGCAUAAAAAUAAAAA